UUGGAGCCAAAGUCAAAAAUCGGAUUUUAGAAAAAUAGUUGAGAAGAGAUGCAUCUUAGCCAAUUUUAGGAAAUCAAACAAUUAAUUCUGAUGUCAACGCUAGUCGAUUGUUGCGUAGACGAUAAUUUGCAAUGUGUCCAUAUGUCAUCGACUUUUAUUAAAGCAUUGAAAGCAUAAAACAUGAACAGAAAACGAUUGGUAAAAAAUCAAAACAAACAACGGUAUCAAUGGACGACGGAAUUGAGCGGCUCGGCUCGGAUGUUGCCCAGGUCCAGCGUGGAAUCGGUCUCCUCGUCGAUUUCGCCGAUCACGGCUCUGCGCGACAAAGCGAAACACAAGAUGAAGACCGCGGCGAUGCCGGCGUAUACGCAAAAAGGUCAAAGUUCACCUACACGUUGUCUCCCCGCACAAUGUAAAGUCCCAGAACCACUUGCUCCACGCCCUGACCCGAGCUGAACACGCGCUCGUGACUCUCGUCCAAGAUCAAGUUGAUGGUCUGGUCGAAGCCCUUGAGUGUGCCCUACGUACACGAGAGAUGACGUCAUAGUUUCACAACAAGGCAGUCCUCCAUCAAGCAAAGAGUUUUGCAUCAUUGUUCUAAAGAGAUGUCGCUACUAUGGGUAAACGAGAAAAAUGUCCCCAACUUAUUUGCUCACCACAAUCAUCCUUCCGUCUGACGUCACGAUAGCCACCGUACCUGAGGGACAAAAACAAAAAAAACAGGUUAUCGAUCAGCAUGACCAGCAGGAGAAAGAUCAGCGCGAUGACUCCAGAUGUGGAACGACACGCAAGAACCGGAGCCCGCGCCCAAACGUACGUUUACCACGAACGUACAGUUUUUUGAUUGAGCGCAUCAAGUCAUGAAAAGCUACUGCGUGCUAACAUGGACAGAAGGCAUGGGAGUUCGUUAGCAUACGGUUAAUGUAGCUCUCCAGCGCCGUGGACAUGCUGCCGCUUCCCGAUUCCAAGUUCCAGCGUCCGCCUCGCUCUACUCAAGACUUUGUUGAAUUUCAACAAUACAAAAGGCAGACAAACAAAUAGCAGCGUGUGUGAACUGGAGCACCCAAACAGAGAAGAAACUGCAAGUACCGACCGGGGGAGAGCCACGGCAGGAACGCAGUGUCGCCUUGCGAUUGGCUGCUAAGGUAGAAGGGGCGCGGUCCACUUCCACAUGUAGAAAACAUUUCCUUCACUGACCACACGGGCGACCGUCGCACCAGUCGCCCCCCGCUGACGUCCAGUCCCUGGUAGCGAAUGAGUUAAGGCUCACCGCUGAGGGAGGCAGAGCGCCACCCGCAGGUUUUCGAAGUGGGUAAAGCAGAUUUUCUGUCACCCGACGCGAUAAGCAACUGGAUAAAAUCCAAACGCCUUCAAAAGUUGAGGUGGUAUUGUCAGAUGUGUCAGAGAUGAGGCGAGUGUCCCAGAAAGUUUCUGGACUAUUUCUCCAGCGAGUUCUAAAAUGGCUUUCUCGUGCUGCUCUGGCGGCGUUUUGUGAGCAGUUGCAGAUUGGAACCUUCUCACUCACUUUGGGACACCACCAACGUGAGGAAGAUAAAAUGACGUGUCUCCUUGCCUUACUGCUCUUCUGUGCCGGUUGUUGCGCACUCGGCCAAGUGGACUACUUUCAACAAGACUAUGAAGAUGCCAAUUUGGAGGAAUUUGAUUUGGACAUUGCACCUCACAGAAUUCCGCGACAGGUGAAAAAUGCCCUCAUUAAGGAAACCAGGCCUCGCAUCCAGGAGCUGUCCGUCAAUAGCACCAUCAUCUCCCGUUACGCUUUCACCACGGUGCGCUGCGUCAUGUUCAACCGGCACGCCGCCGCCGGCGAAGGCGUCUUCCGCUUCCCCGUGCCGGCCGGGGCCUUGGUCUCUAACUUCACCAUGAUCAUCGCAGGGCGCGUCUACCAGAGCCGGGUCAGACCCAAGGAGCGGCGGAAGGUCAAGCGGCCAGACGGCAAAGCCCGGGACAAAGAGUCAGGUGACUCAAGGUCCAAAUCGGAGGCGGGCGUCUUCCAAAUGGCGGCCAGCAUUCCGGGCGGGAAGAGGGCCGUCUUUCUGCUCACGUACGAGGAGCUGUUGCGGCGCCGACUUGGCCGCUACGAGCACGUGAUCGGCUUGCGUCCGCUGCAGCUGGUCAGCCGCCUCCGGGUGGACGUCACCGUCGCGGAUCGCUCCGCCAUCGACGCUUUGGAGGUGCUCCCGCUCCGGCGGGACGUCGGCGCGACCCGUACGCCGGCCGAGACUCGGCCUCCCGUCGCCGCCGCCGUAAAAAGGGAUGAGAACGUGUGCAAGAUCACCUUCGCCCCAAACAUCGUCCAGCAAGCCAAGAUCUCCACCAACGGCAUCCUGGGAGAUUUCGUCAUCCAUUACGACGUCCAGAGGGACUUGGGCGUCGGAGACGUGCGGGUUCGAAACGGCCAUUUUGUCCACUACUUUGCGCCCAAAGACCUCCCGGCGAUGCCCAAGAACGUCGUGUUUGUGAUCGACACCAGCGCCUCCAUGCUGGGCACCAAGAUGAGACAGACAAAAGAGGCCUUAUUUGCCAUCCUGAGGGAGCUGCGAACCGUCGAUCGCUUCAACUUUGUCACUUUCUCCAACAAGAUCAAAGUGUGGCGACCCGACGGACUGGUGCCGGUCACGCCGCUCAACAUUCGAGACGCCAAAAAGUUUAUCUACACCUUGACGCCCACGGGAGGCGCAGACAUCGACGGCGCCCUCCGGAGCGGCUCGGCGCUGCUCCGCGACCGCCUCUCGGGUCCCCCCGGCGUCUCGCUCGUCCUCUUCCUGACGGACGGACGGCCCACGGUAGGGGAGUCUCGCUCGGCGGCCGUCUUGGAAAACGCCCGCUCGGCCGCGCCGGACAAAGUCUGCGUCUUCGCCGUCGGCAUCGGCGACGACGCGGACUACAAGCUUUUGGAGCGCUUGUCUCUGGAGAACUGCGGCGCGAUGAGGCGGAUUCGCGAGGAGGCCGACGCCGGCGCCGCGCUCAGAGGCUUCUACCGGGAGAUCGGCACCCCGCUGCUGUCGGACAUCAGGAUCGACUACAUGCGGGACUCCGUGGACCGCGUGACGCGGCGCCUCUUCACCAACUACUUCAACGGCUCCGAGAUGGUCGUCGCGGGAGAACUGAGCGAUCGUAGCGCCGAGUCUCUCCGCGUUCGGGUCACGGCCGACGGCCACGACAAGACGGUCGUCCUGGAGACCGACGUCCCUCUUCGACGCGAGGAAUCGGAGACCGAGAAGCGGCUGAAGGCGAAUCGCGCGGCGGGGGACUUUGUGGAGCGCGCGUGGGCAUUCUUGACGGUCAAAGAGGAGCUCCGUUCUCGACUGCGGAGUCGAAGCAGCGGGGAAAGGGAAGAGCACGUCCGGCGGGCGACCGACCUCGCCUUGGCGUACCAUUUUCUAACCCCCCUCACCGACAUGCUGUUGGACAACCCCGAGGUGUCGGGGGCGCUCGCUAACGAGGUGCCGGAUGACGAAGGAGAAGGACUUUUGCGCGGAGAAGCGGAACGCGAGCCGGACAGAACUCUUAGCAACAUCAGAGGCCAAGUGGAAGGGAAGAAGUCCAUCACUAUCUCCAAAACAUCAGCUGACGGCGACCCUCACUUUGUGGUGGACUUCCCUCUCAGCAAGACUGCCGUCUGCUUCGACAUCAACGGCGAGCCCGGUCACGUCCUCCGCCUGGUUUCCGAUCACAAAUUUUCCGGCGUGACGGUGAACGGCAAGCUCGUCGGAGGGCCGCCUCCGCCGGGCGGCCGCAAGCGUCUGCGCACGUACUUCGGCAGCAUCGCGGUGGUGGCGGACCGCCCCCGUCGCGCCUACGUCGAGGUGACGCCCGCCAAGGUCAUCCUGGACGGGUCGGACCGCCUGGUGUUGCCGUGCCACUCCACCGCCUCGGUGACGAGCGGCGCGCUGUCGGUUUCCGUCGCUGGCGGCUCCAACGUGACGGUGAGCGUCGGCGGCGACGUCCGCUUUGUCGUCCUGCUGCACCGCUACAAGAACCCCGCGCCCCACCAGAGAGACCACCUGGGAUUCUACGUUCAAGACGGCGAGGGGCUCUCGCCCGACUGCCACGGCUUGCUGGGCCAGUUCCUGCACGAGGAGGUCAGCGUGGCAGAAGGGGAUCCCGAGGAAAAUCCCCCGUCGGCGCUCCUGAAGGUGAGGGGCCGCUCGGUGCCGGCGGUCCGCAAGACCCGGCGCAUCUACGGCGGCUCCCGGAGCGUGGACUGCUGGUUCGCCGGGAGCAACGGCGCCAAGCUGGUGGAAGGACGCUACGAGGACUACGUGGCCCCGCACAUGUUCGACACGGGCGAGGGUCCGCACGGGAGCAACGCGGUCUGACGCCGCCCCCGUCUCGCCCCAGGUACUUUCUCCUUUACGAUAAGAACGUUGGAUACGUAAAGGUGCCCGCAUGUACUUCAAGGAAACUGCAAAGUAUCCAACUUUCUUCUUGUAUCAACUUCUAUUGGACAUUUUUUUUAUACUGGAAUAUUUUUCACUUCAUUAUCAUCCUGGGAUAACAUUUUACCCACUUUUUUUUAAAGAGUUGAGGACAAAAUGUGUUUAAAAAAAAAAAAAGCCUCAGUGUUUUGUGUCAUAUUUUGAAAGAUGACAUGCUCAAAUGUUUUGUAAUACAUUACAGAAACCAACCCGAAUGCAAGAGGAUUUAUUUCAAAUGUGCCAAUCAAAAUGCGAAUUUGAUUCCGCUCCGUUAACUCUUUCACUGCCAUUGAUGAUAAUUAUCCUUCUGCGUUGACUUGAAAAGAAUUUGUCAGUCAGUCAGAUGAAUUAAUGAAUUUAAGGCAGACAGAUGUAGAUAGUAUGGUUAUUUUUUCAUGCCACCCAGCAAACUUUACUGUGGGAAACCCAACCCUGUCAUGCUUCACGACCCUUAGCGUCUGAAAGUUAGCUUACAUCUGUCGGCGGGCGCUGCUCACACCGCACCUGGCCCCGCUAACUAACCCCUCGGGGGCCGACGACAAGAUGCCGCUAGUCCCCCCCCCUGUCAUCAGGCGGGGGUCACGGCGCCGCCUCCCGCAGGUGAGGAAUUUAGCCUUUAGUCUUUUAUUUAUGGCCACAGAUUACAUUGUGUAAGGAGAUCCGGAGUGACCGCUACCAGAGAUCAACAUUUCAAAAAGGCUAAGUGUACUUAAAUAAAACAGACAUAUUUGGUCCACCGUCACAACAAUGUGUAAAAUUCAAGUCUUACAGGUUUUCCAAUCACUGGAAUAUAAAAUGACAUCAAAUGUGAAUAAAUACAAUCAUCAUGAUAAGAUGUAGAUGCAGAGUACAAAGCAGCAACCAAAAUGCAGUCAAAUGAUUGAUCAUCAAUACUUGCAGAUUGUUUGUUUUCCUCUUUCAAUUAACCUGCUUUUAGUAAAGGAAUACACUAUGUUUGUGCACAUACAAAAAAAUGAUUUCCUCACGACAACAAAGCAGACACUACUCGAGAAAAUUGCCAUUUCAGAGGCAGGUGCCUUGAAAACGGAUUCCUUUCCCACAUUUUGAAGUGCAAAGUACUUUCUUCAAGCCUUGGUGUGCAUUUUACUCUGUCAUCUUUGUGCCAGCCAAAAAGCAAGUCCUGGCUUGGCGGCGUUCCCAC